UGGAGCCACCCAGGCGCCCUCCCUGAAAUUGUAAAUCGUGUACCGUGUGCAGAUGAGGGCCGCGCAUCGAUGGGCCCCGGGACAUGGCGGCAGCUGGCCCGGGAAGCAGGAGUCCGGGCAGGCUGUGUGGCGGGACAAUCACCAGGCUGGGUUUGUCGUAAGUGGAGGGAGCCCCGCUGCACAGGACGUGGGGGUGUGCCCCGUAUGGGGGUGGCAAAGCAGCGGUAACAAGUCAUCCCCUCCACCGGCUGGCGGUAGGCUUGGGGCCUCCGUGGGCUGGUGCGCCCCCCACACCCCCCUUGUCCAGCACAGCCCGGAGGCGCGGUGGGAUGGGGGGAUGUUCACUGGGCGCACCCCCCCUUCCUGAAAGAGAGGCCGUUUGGUGCAGGCCCAGCGCCCUGGGGGGAUUUGGGCCGCGGCUCCGGCUCUGCGUCUGCAAGACCCGCGUCUGAUGGAUGAGGAAACGCUCCGAUGCGCCUACAGGGGUCAUCGGGGCCAGACCCCAGAGGCUGCGUCCAGGCUUCCAGGGGAGUGGAGCUCAUACCAUUUUGCCAUCAGCUGCGUGUGGUGCCCUCUUGCUUGGAGACCCUCCCUCCCAGCAGCUUGCAGGAAGCAGGCUGCCAGUCCUCGCCGCCUGCGGGCCAGGGACCUGCUUUCACAGGGCACAGCAGACGCCGCGCAGAUAACCUUCUCCCACAGGCGCAGGGGGAGUGGUGGCCCUCUCAGGGUGACCGCGCCUCUGGAAUCCCCAAGGCUUUCACUGGUACACGCUCAGCGGUGUGCAGCGGUGUCUGCCCCGAGCCCACCGGUCAUUCAGAUUGUGCCGCCCUUCCUCCCGUUCCCGAGGCGUGUCCCAUUCUGGGGGAGGGGUCCUCACUCCCUCCCACCCAACACGCUCACAUACGUGCCCCCACGCUCCCACAGGGUUGUGUCUCGGGGCAGAGGGACCGCUCAUGGGCUGCCUGCCCCAGCCCAGGGGAGAUGCGGCAUUGUCCCUAGGCCGUGGCCUCCUGGGCUCGCUGCGUGUGGGUUCUGGAGGCUCAAGGGCCCCACGGCCCUGCUACGGUUCCCUUACCCCAGGGGCAGGCCCCGUUUGGAAAUCAGUCCCAGGGUAUGGAGGUUUGAGGGUGGCUGCUUUCGUCUGGGGGUCCCCAGGCCCCUGAGUCCCCUUGCUGGGUGUGGGGGCCUGCAAGGGCUCCGGUCACUCCCCACUCCUCCAGGAACUGCUCACAUGACUCGAAGAGAGAAGGACAUGGGAGCCUUCACCCUCAGGUGCUUCCCAGGCAGACGGGACCCUGGGGGCCUCCCGCCUCCACUGGGGUGCCGUGUGGACUUCCGACUUCCUUCAGGACGGUGGACCUCUGAGUCCCCGUCUCUGCAGGGUUGGCCCAGGGCGUCCGAGGAGCAAGUCGGAUCAAAUCCACGUUUGCGGCACCCUCUGUGUGGGCUCUGCAGCGGGAGCCCGUCUGUGCUGCCCAGAAGGCUGCAGCUCAGAUCCGGGGAGCAGACGGAAGGCCCCUCUCGCUGAGAGGCAGUGAAGCAGGUGGGGAGGGGGGCGGGGCUGCAGGUGAGCACACCUGUACCAGCUCUGCCCUGUGU